AUGUAUUGGACGUCGAUAUUUCUCGCAGGUAUUCUUAUUUUAACUGCCAUUGAUUUGGAUUCGGCAUCGAAACAUCAUCGUGACCGUGGUGGACAUCGACGGGAGCAUGAAUCAUUACUCGAUAAACAGGAACGUGAACGAGACAAAGACCGAAAGAAAGAAGAUCGCGAAAAAGAAGAACCAGUUCGAAAUAUCACAUGUUACAAAUGUGACGGUGAUCUGUGCCGAGAUCCAUUUCAAUCCGGUCAAGCUAUUCCGUUAGUACAAUGUGAAUACAACUGUUGGAAAGGUGUUUUUGCAUCGAGUGUUCGCCGUUCAUGUGGAAAUAAACGUUGUGGAUUUACAUUUAAAGGAGGUUCUGCUAUCAGCAAUACUUGCUGUCAAACAUCAUUAUGUAACGAAAUUUCAAUGAAAAUGCCCUCGUUGAUGUUUAUACUUUAUUCAUACCUUGCGCUUUUCAUAAUCAUCUGA